GGCCGCGCGUGGGGCGCGGGCGCGGCGGCGGGAGGAAGGGGCCGAGUUAUGUAAAGCCCCGCGGCGCGGGGAGGAGGCAGGGGCGCUGCCGGCGGCGCUGCGGCGGCGCAGGUUGGUUCGGAGCGCGGGGGACGGCGGCCUGGCGCAGGCCCGCGGCGGAGGGAAAGCGGCUUAUGCCCCCCCCCCCGCGUUGCCAUGGAGACGGGCGGGCGGCGGCGGCGGCGGCGGGGCUGUCAGUGAGGGACCGCACCGGGCACCGGAGCGGCGGCGGCGGCGGCGGCGGCGGCGGGGAGGCCGCGGCGGCGGCAGCGGCAGACAUGGACUCGCACUGCGACUGUGCCGAGCCUCCGGCCGCCGAGCAGCCGUCGGGGAGGAUUAACAAAACCGCCUUCAAACUGUUCAAGAGGAGGAAAUCCGGGGGCACCAUGCCGAGCAUCUUCGGGGUGAGGAGCAAAGGCGGGGAGGGGAAGGGCGCCGGCAAGGCGGGCAUGGUGCGGAGCCGCACGCACGACGGCUUGGCCGACGCCGUGCUGGAGAGCGGCAAGAAGGAGGAACCCGGCGGCGGCGGCGAGCCGCAGGGCAAGGAGGCGCAGGGCCGGCCGGCCGGCAGCCUCGGCGGCUCCGCCGGCGCCUCGGUGGCCAAGUCGCACAGCUUCUUCUCGCUGCUGCGGAAGAACGGCAGGCCGGAGAACGGCAAGGCGGAGGGCGCGGAUCAGCGGGCUGGCGGCAGACAAAAGAAGGGGCUGAAGGGGAUCUUCAGCAGCAUGCGGUGGCAUAAAAAGGACAAAAACGGCAAGGAGGAGAGAGGGGAAACCUCGGAGAUCCCGUCCGGCCUCAUUAUGCCGGGCUCUCUGACCGCCAGCCUGGAGUGCAUCAAGGAGGAGACGCCAAAACCUUUGUCUGAACCCCCCGGUGGCGCCGGAGACACCGGGCUGGAACCGCCGCGGGAGAAGCGCGGCGGCGGCGGCGGCGGCGAGGCGCUGGGCUCGGCCGGGGAGCCCGGCGCGGGGGACGGGCAGCCGCGGGAGGGCAGCCCCCCGCCCCGGGAGGACCCCGCCGCUGCCGGGCGGCGACCCGAAGAGCUCAGCCGCGAGCGACCGGACCCGGGCGCCGGAGAGGUUGGGACUGCGAAGGAUGCGGCCAUAACAGGCUGCGGAGAUAUUAUUGCGGACCAUGAGGAGGAUGUGGGCGGCGGGAGUGGCGGCUGCGAGAAGAGCACCCCCGGGGCCGGCAAGCUGGGUGCCUCCAAGAAGCACCCCACCAUGGUGGCCUACCAGGGAGGAGGGGAGGAGAUGGCCAGCCCCGACCAGGUGGAUGACACCUACCUGCAGGAGUUCUGGGACAUGCUGUCACAGACAGAGGAGACCCAGAGAGAAGGAGGAGGAGGAGGAGGAGGAGGUGGAGGAGGGACAAAGAAGGCCGAGGGGCUGAAGGAGAACCGAGGUACCGAGGGGGCCCAGAACAGGGUGGCGGUGAAGCGUGGUGGCCUCCACCAGAUCCCCAUUCACCUCAACCACAAAGAGGAGCAGAAGGGCAGGGAGAAGGAGCAGCAGGAAGGUGUCCCGAACAGUGACGAGGGCUACUGUGAUUCCACCACCCCUGGUCCUGAGGAGGAUGGUUCCACAAGCAUCCAGAAGGAGACCAUCCCCAGGGACAGCUACAGCGGGGAUGCUCUCUAUGACCUCUACGCCGAGCCGGAUGAGAACCCGCCAGCGGGACCUACAGAUGAAGAGGUCACCUGCGUGCUGCGCUCCAAGCCCGUGUCUCCAAUAACAACCAUGUGCUCCCUGAAAACACCCUCAAGCACAGUGAAGGACUCCAAGAUACCUAUCAGCAUUAAACACCUUUCGUCUUCGCAUCCUGCCAGCCACGGGGCUGACGCCAGUAACAGCAAUCAUGUUGCACACCAUCACCUGGCCAAGAGCGAGAUGCACAGAACAAAAAUCCCUGUCUCUAAAGUAUUGGUACGCCGGGUCAGUAACAGGGGCUUAGCAGGGACAACAGUGAAAGCUGCCAUGUAUCAGGACAGUGCCAAAAAGUAGUUGAGUAAGAGGUGGAGACAAAGACAGACAGCAAGGUCGGUGUGUGAAAGUCUGCACAGGAGACCACGGAUAAUGAAUUAGUUUUGCAUCACCCGAGAAAAGGCACCUAAAAGGCUUACUUCGCUGUACUCCAUGGGCCUGCACUUCUGAAUCCCUUCUUACUGUAGUGUAUGGCUGAAAAUAACGUCAACUUCUUUUUGAGCACUUUUUUUUUACAUUUGUAUCUUUUUUCUGCAGCACUAAACACUGGGGAGGUUCAUUUUUACAUGCCUUUUUGGAAGCAGGACUCGGAUUAUGAACCUAAAUGAGCAUCCUUCCUCACGCAAAGCAGUGCCAUGAGGUCUUCAAGGGAACAGAGUUCCAAAAGGAGCUACACAGGAGGUUCUCCAGUACACUUACCUUUUAAUCGUUUCUGGAGGGUAGGUGCCUGGCUCUCCGAAAAAUGAUGUUUGUUCUACAAGAUGUUGGAAAAAAUACCAAGCAAAAAACAACCAACCUAACAGGUAUUUUACCUGCUGUAGGAACGAGAGCACUGCUCAGCAGCAGACUUGAUUGACUUGCAUGCAGUAGCUCACUAAGGAGUUAGGUGGACUUGUCUAACAGGAAAGCAUAUUUUUGUUUGUCUGUCUGUCUGGUUGGUUUUGAUCUGGUCUAAUGGACACCUGACAUAGGUUCAGAUGUUUACAUCAAUACUUGUCCGAUAACGCAUACAAUCAGGUUCAGGGAAACAUUUUACUAAAUGCCAAUAUAUACACACUGUUCACAUUUAUACAAUAACUUGCUCACCGUGUGUAAAUAUAUACAUAUUUUAGCAGAUUUACUCAAUGCUACAAAUUUUUUAUAGAAAAAAAAUAAUCACCCGUCUGUAUUAUCUAGAGUUUAAGCAAGAGUUAGUUUUUAUAGGUAGAUAAUUUUACAGUUCUAAAAUGAUAGAACUUUGUGUAAGUACCUUAAAUUAGAGCAAAACUCUUGUUUUGUAUGGGCUCAUGCAUCCCCAGAUAAGUAAGUCUGAAGUGCUGAUUUUAUUCCAGUGGCGCAUUCCACGGGUCAGAGCUGAGGUUCUGACAGCAUUGCCACUGCAAACCUCUAUUUUCAGGGGUUUAGGCAAAAGUUGCUCUGGGCUUAAACCUUGCAGAGAAGGAACCCAGGAAAGAAACUUGUUUUUUAAUUAUUAUUUUUAAAAAUAUAUAAAAUUAGUUUUUGACUAUUUAAAGAAAGUUUGGGUUCUCAGUGCUUUUAUUUUCAUUCUUAAUAACGUCAGAAUAAUUUUACUUUUAAGAGAGAAAAAGAAAUAUGGUAAGCUAGUGGUACAUAAAAUGGUCUGAUGAGCUUGGCUCUUAUGAGAAAUGUAUUAAUGGCCAGGAUGUUUUUUAGUAGUGGCUACUCUAUAUGGGCAUUGACAACAUUUCAGAGAAAUUUAAUAGGGUUUUAAUGUGCCUGAGGACAUAUUUUUAUGAUACACUGAAAAAUCUCCAAAAAUCACUGAAGUCUAAAGGUAAAUGUUAUGUAUUUACAGAAUAUUUUGAUACAAGUAUUUAAUCAUCAGACCACAGUUAGUAUAAAAUAUAUGCUCCAGUGUAUCUGAAAAAUAAUAUACAUUUUAAAAAUAUACAUGUCUAUAUUAUGCAGAGAAUCCUAAAUUCACAUCAUUGAAGCUAAUGGGUCUGAUCUUACAUAGCAGUUGGUUUUAUUGUCUCUUAAAUUGAAAGAAAAGAAAGGAAAAUAAAUAUACAGAAUAUGCAUUUGAGGGAUAUUAAGGUUAUAGAUAACCAUAAAAAGCCAUGAAAUGCCGUAGUAAGAAUUGUAUAUAUAUAUAUGUGUGGUUCACUGGGGAAAUGACCUUGUAGUCACAAGGGUAAAAUUGGCAUCUAGUUCUGAAAUUACUGCAGGAUUUAAUACCAAACUGCAACGCCCCGGCAAACAGGGAGAAAGUGUUAGAUUUCCUGAUCAGUCCCUGUUUUCAUGGUUUGAGUAAGAACCUUAAUACACUUCAAAGAAGAUUAUUUUAUGUUUUCUUCCUAGCAUAUAUGUGUGUGGUUUUCUAUGUCCCUGCUCACACAGGCGUGUUGUACAUAUGCAUGCGUAGCCAGAGCGCACCUCCUCCUAGGGUACGUGCACCUUGGGCGAAGGCGCCCACCCGUGCAUACUCGCACUCAUGUGAACACAGCCAUGCAUGUAUGCUCCCACACACAGGGUGAGGGGAUGCGCUCUAGAUCUGUCUCCAGACAUGCUGGCAGUGAUUUCCUUUGCUUGAGAAAGGGAUUUGCAUUUGGCCUAACUCUGCUUGUGCAUUUUAGAAAGUUAAAGCUGAAAUACCCUCAAAAGGAUGAAUGUACAGAACAUGUAAUAUUACCCUGGACCUCAGCCCUAAACCUAACAUUCCUUUUUCUGUUCUUUUGGUUUUGUUUGACUGUGAGGGACGCAUCUUUCCUUGCAUGACAACUCCGCAUAAAAAUCAUAAUUCCCCAUUUUAUUGUAAGGACAAAUUUUGCAGAGAUUUUCUAUAGGGUACUGGAAGUUGAGAGGGAGGGAGGAUGUGAUGAGCUUGGGGUGGUACCGUAAAAACUGGAAGCACCGAGUACAGGUAGUAGGAGCGGUGCAUCUUUAAACCACUAGAAGAUAACCAGCUACCAUCUCUACAAGACUUGUGUGUGGCAAAUUAUUCAUCAUAGGCAUUUUGUUUGCGUCGUGGCACGUCUGUAUUGAGAAACCAAUAGAGUGACACUAGACUAGCUCCCUCUCACUUAAUGACUAACAGGAAUCAUUAUUAAAAUGCUUUGGCUUCCCUUCAUUUUUCUCUCGCUCCUUUGUUUUCUGCCCCGUUUCCCCUCCAUCCUCUGCAUGCUGGCGGACAGCUUCUUCCUCAGCGCUAACCCCUGGUGUGGAGCGGGGAGCCUUGGGCUGGCAGCCGAGCAGGGAGUGGGAGGGCAGCCGCACUCCCUGCCAAGGCCAGGUGCUCCCCAGUCGCGCUCCCAAGCUUUCUAUCGCAUACCCAGUGUAAGUACAUUUUGCAGAUCUCUUGGCGGUUCGUUUGGCUGCUUGCUAUGUACAUAUUUUAAGGACAAUCAUAUCCUUAAAAGGAAAAUGGGAAAGUAGCUUGUAGUAGGGCGUCAGUAUUUUGAAUCAUUGUGACAUACUGACGUUGAUUCAGGGUAAUGGUUGUGUGAGAGUAACAAUACAAUUUAAUGCUCAAAUUAACUCUGUAUUUAUAAAACUCACUUCUGUCUUUAAGCCAUCUAUGUUUUUUAUUUUGAAAAGAAAUAGAAAAUUUGAUAUUUACUAGGGCUUUCAAUUUUCGUACAAAUAUAUUUGUAUAACUCCACACAAUGCCUAAAACAAUCACUGGAAGGAGGUUCGAAGGCUUUCUUAAGACCUGUAUUUAAUUCCUGAAAGAUCCCUGUGAAAUACUGUGAGAUGCCUAAGAACAAAUAGUUAAUGGCUUGCUGGAUUCAAAGGCUGAGACAUAAGGAGGUAAUAGUCCUGAGGCAUUCUGUGGUGGUUUGCAUUCUUAUUUGUGUUACCCUGUUCAAGCGUGUAUUUUCCUUGGCUUUGGUGGGUAUCAAGGUAGAAAUGGUGUUCUGAGUCCCAAAGAUAACAUUCCCAAUGCUGUUGUCAUUUUGAUUUUCUUAAAGAAUACUUCCCUGCAUUUGUUUUAUUUGUUAUUUUGUGGUCUGAAUGCUGCUUUGUAAUUAUCAGCUUGUAUGUCAUUCAUAAAGGAUUUUAUAGGUCAGGACUUGGCAUUUAGUUAUAUGUACUCUUUGCACUUUCAGGUCACUACUGGUAAAUUUUGUAUGUUCUUAGGAUUUUUCUAUAUAUUGCUCAGUGUUUUAUAGCUAUCUACAGUGAUUUCAGUGGUAUACAUUCCUGUCCUGUGUAUCAGCACGGAAGAUUUCCUUUCAGUAGCAUGAAAUGAUGUUUUCGUGGACUACUUUUGUCAUGGUAGCAGUUAAGUUUCCUGUACUAUCUGUAUGUGUGGCCUGCAACAGACAUAAAGGGUCUUAUUUUGCCUGUAGUGCGUAUGCAUUUUGCUCUUGCCAGUAACAGGACUCAAACACACGUAGUAGAUUUCAGAAGAAAUUCCAUGACUAGACUAAGAAAAAUCUAUGUUCAGUCUUAUUCCAUCAAUCACCAGCAUUUUCCUCAUCCACUGUGAAUAUCCUCACCGCCAUUCACGGUAGUAGAGGACUGAAUUUUAAAGAUUACAUGCAUAGAUGUACACUAUAAAAAUUAAUUCACUGAUUAUUUUUUAAUGCAUUUUACUAAAUUAUUUAUCUAAGCUAAGUGAAUAUUGCACCAAAGUCUUUGAAACGUCUGAUACAGAUGGCAUUUUCAGUAAGAUGCUGUACAUGCAGAUGAGCCAAAUUAACAAGCUUUGCUUAGCAAAGCAAAACGUGGUUGUUUCUUAAAUUUGUAGUACUGACUGAGCUUGCAGGUCAAAAGGAGCCAUUGAUUCUGCGACAUGGCCAGGCUCUGAGGGUUUUUUUCCCUGCUCUAAUGGACUACUUUCAGAAAGGGCUUUUCAGCAAGAUAAUGGUAUGAAAGAGACAGUUCACAGUAACAAUAGACACUCACAAGGCAGAUGGUUAUCUAACAGCCACAAUGGGGUACUCUAAGCAAGGUGGCCUGAAAAUGUGUUUUGAUAGUUAUUGAUAUGAAAGGCUGAGGCUUCUGUCUUGGAAAAACAAAGUGAUGCCGACUCAGAGAUGCUGCAGAAGUGAGUCUUGGCAGAAUUUACAUGUGAGAAGCUUCUGCAGGGGUUGUUGUUGUUCGUUUCCCUCCCCCCCCCCCUUUUUUUUUUGCUUUGUUUAUGUUUUCAUUACGAUGACAUAACCCCACGUGUCUGAGCACGAUUGCACAACAACUGACUCUUCUGAAAUUCAGUGCUGAGAAUACACUGUCAGUUGUCUUCGGGGGCCUGGGACCGGUUCCUGCUGGACACUCAGAAGGGAUGGAGUGAUGGGACUCCCUUGUUACGAGCCCACAUGCUGUUUACUGUGAGCAGGAGGUGUCUGAAUCUGUCUUGCUCUUUGUGUUUAGAGGACAGUGUAUUUUUAGUUUGACUCACAGGAAUUCCUUAGCUCAUCAUUAGCUCCAUUUUGUCAUCUUCCUUGUGUGCAUCUCGACUAGGAAUGGUCAGCAUUGCUUCGACAUUUCCUAGGUCCAUUUCAUGUCCAGAGAAAUGGAAGAACUUGUCACAUGCAAAGGAGUAAGAGCUGUAACCACUUGAGCCAUGUCCUGGGGGCCUUUUUUCCUGCAAAAGCAGGUUGCUAAAGCUCGUCUUGCCUUAGAGGGUUUCUCCAUCCAAAACAGUGAGCACUGUUGCCUGGGACCCCUUCUUUUCGUGGUCUCUCAUUCCCUCUCAGCCGUACUGCAGUUGCUUAGGAAACUGAGAUUUUUGAUCUAGCCUUCCAGUACUAGAAAAGAGGAGCUGCUGCCAGUGUGUUCUUCAGAAAGUCUUUGCUCCUACUUCUUGGUCUUGAAAAAAUGAAUUCACCUCCAGAACAAGUGGCAAAGAUACUUAAAAUGGAGAUAUCUGCUGUGUGAUCUCAUACACGGGGAUGAGGAUGCUGAGUGAAUUUUGCAUAGAGUGGAGUGCAUCCCUGCAUUUUCCUGUUGUGGACAAUUUAGCAAAUCUAGCAGGGAAGCAUGUCACUCUUGUAGGAGUGCCCAGAAGCUGUUUGUUAUGGAGACUGUGCCCGGAUUUUCUUUAUCUUUGGUCAGAACUGGUUUUCUUUUUCCUUUCUGUACAUGUUUAAAUAAAUAGAACCAAAGUUGUAGCGAAGAAAGGAAAAGGAUAUGUACUUCAUAGGGCAAGGAGUUUAUACUGCUAGGCUGAAAGGCUUCUUUUAACUGGCUAAAAGAAGAUUGCUUUGCCUACUUUAACAGCACAUCCAAGCAAUGCUCUGCCAUAGAGGCUAAUCCAGCUAUGUCCACAAAGUUAGAAAACUGGCAUUUGCCAACAUGACAAUCUCUUUCCAAGGUCCGGUUCUGCUGUGGCAAAGCUUCCACUGACUGCAGUAAGAACUGGCAAAGGUCCUUAAUCUCUUAAUCUUAAGGAAAUAGGAUGUGUUUCUUAAAUUAAGUCUUCCCUUUUUUUAAAGAUUAACGUUAUUCAGGUGAUUGUGCAGUCUUUUGUAUUACUGUAGUAGUAUUUUCACUGAUCUGAAUGCAAAACAUGUCUUUCCUUUGUUUUUCCAUCUUAACAAGCAGCCACUCCCGCACAUAACUCCAGUGCUCAGCAUGUUUAAAUUACAGCUAACACAAUCACUGCCUUCCUUAAUUUAACUUGCGAUGGCAAAACCAGGACCAGAUCCUUUCCAGAGCACUAAACACCCUGCUUAUUGUGUCGUUGUUCAUGUUUUUUAUAUGGUAGCUAAUGGUGCCUCCCUUUAAUUAUUACACAGCCACAUUUUAAAUCUGCUUUUAGGGAGAACGGUACAUAGGGAGUGAGUGGUAAGAUCUUUAACAGAUUUUUAUUAUUUUGGAUGAUGUUGCAUCAAAACAGUUGCUAUUUCAGUAUCAGGUUGUUACCAUGGGCUUUUUAUGCAGAUGCAACUGGAAGCUUUGAACAUAAUGUGCUUGUAAAAGAAAAUUGGCUACAUCUGCUUUGAAUUAAGUCUGACCUUAAAAUGUAAAAGCUACACAUCUGGUGAUGUUUCUUGGUUAAUGGCAGUGAAGGGGAAGCUGUGCCCCAACUCACCUGUACCCUGCAGACUGGGGGAGCAAGACAUUGUCACUGGGAGAAUUUGCUGCCUGACCCUGCCGUGUGGUCACAGCAGAGGGGUGCAGGGUGUCACCAUGUGGAGGUGGCUGCCAGAUUGGACAGCAGCAGGAAAAGCCAGGAUGGUGGUGCUGUGCUGGUGUGGCAAGGCUGAUAGGGUACCUGGGAGAUAGGAUGAAAGCAAAGGCUGGACCUCUGGUCCUUGUGGAAAAAGAGACUUAAACACGCCUGUGACAUUUGGCUCCUUUUUUUCAUGCAUUGAUGCUGGGAUUGCUGUCUAACUAAGUUAGGAGCCAGACUGUGUGAGUCUGGGUGUGCUGAAGCCGGUGCUCCUGCCAAUGAGCUACAGCGUGACUGCUCUCUUCAACACCUGAGCAGUGCUCAGUGCCUUUGUUUGUGAAGGUAGUUUUAGCACAGAGACUUCCACAAUUCCCUUGUAGCCCAGCACCGACCCAUGGCAUCUCACUGCUCUUCCAUCCUCAUUUUGCCAGAGGGAUGUGAAGAUCCAAGCCCUUGGCAGGGUGGUGAGUGCUGGCUGCACCUUCGCAGCCCAAGGGCAGGUGGGGAGGGGUUGUAAGACAGGCUGUGCAGCAGCAGCACCAAGUCCCAGGUAGAGUGCAAGUAACUUUCUGCAGCACAUGACUUGAUAGAAGCAAGAGGGAGCAGGACUAAAGCUGUUGCCUUUGUAUAAAGUAGAAGUAAAUCCUUUGCCAUGGGAGAGAUUGCAACAGCUGGAGGAGAUCUCAGUCCAUCAGUAUUUCCUCUGAAAUCAGUGGAUCUGUUCAUGGUGUUGGUUGUUAUUGAGUGAAGAUCCCCUGAUUUGGCCCCAUCUGAGUUUUCCUUGCUAUGUUUGUCAGCAGAGUCUGUCUCAGGAAAGCUCUAGGUGGGUUGCGGCCCUGUUGAAAUCGGGGAUGAGUAUGAAUGUGGUUGGUGGAAAAUUCAGAUUCAGUAAGUCCAGAAAACACAGGAUGGCUUCAGUUUUUUAUCACAGCACAACUCUGCUUGAAUAUCAUGGUGUGCCUGAGGAAAAGGUAGCAGGGACUGCUCCACGCUGCAUCUGACAAACCGAUGCUCUCGGGGUUUCCUACGUGCUGAAAGGGACAUAUGUGUCCUGUUAGAAGACACUUAACCUGUUUCUAUAAGACAUGUUAUAGCUGACAGAUCACAGUUAAUUACAAUUUUCCCUCAUAUUUUUUGUGUCAGCCCCCUCCAGUAACGUAGUAUACGACCUAUUCAAGAUAGUGAGCGAGUAAAGCCAGAACUCCCUGUUCUUAUUUAAAUGGUUUGCUAAUAAUCUGGCCAGUCUGUGUGCACCACCUUCUUCUUAGUGAAAAUUCACUCCAGGGAGUGUUUUUAUAACAGACUGUUAGACACACUCUGCUCCUUUCCACCUCUACAAACUUCGAUGAGUAUGUGUCUCCUCAAAUCGCUGUAUUCUUAGCAUAUUUACAACCUAACUGAUAGCAAUAGAUGUCUUUCUUCCCUGGCAGUUCACAAGGAUAUACUAAUCAGUGUUUAUUAUGUUUUUAAUUCUGUAAAUAUUUAUUUUGGUACUCUGUGUAUUUAUUGGCACUGAUUCUGGUGUUUGCUUAUGUGUCAUUGUAAAUGUUGAUGGUUCCAAUAGUCUUGCUUCUAAUGAAUGUAAGGAACUCAGACUAACUGCACUUUUCUUCCAUUCAAAAAUCUUACAGUGAAAAAUAUUCCCACUGUCAUAUUAUGUGUUAUAAUGAAUACAGUUAAUAAAAUCAGUUGUCACUUUUCAUUGA